AUGUAUGUACUUCCGAAUUGUGCACUUUUAAUGGGCAUUUCAUUUCAGAGUGGACGUACGCAAGGGUCAGCUGUUGAUCAUCGAGAACUUGGUGAAAAGUUGAAUAGGCUAUUCAUUGCACUCGUCUUCGUCACUGAAUACGAUGCCGUCGGCAAAAGUCGCGGAUGGUUCGUAUUCACAGCAUCGGCAGGGAUUAAAGAAUGGAUUGAAGCGUAA